AUAUUAAAAGGUGAUCAUGCAACAGAAAAAAAUCGGCUGAAAUACGUGAAAGACGUUUUAAAAAAACUUGUAGAAGCAGCUCAUAAAAACAGUAAACCUGAGACUAAAUUAGAAACUGUAUUCUUGGUUAGGAACGAAUAUGGUAUAGCUGAAGGUCUCUGUUGUGUAGAUCACCGCCAAUCCA